AUGGCAGACAGUCGCGAUAACUCUACCAGGGGCGUAGGCCCGAGCAAUCCGAGUUUUGAAUACCCAAUACCAAUCGAGAAUUCUUCUCAGAUCGCCUUGCUGGCGGUCUCAUGGCUUUGCAUUGUCAUCUGCACCUGUGCGGUGACAUUGCGCAUAUGGGCAAGGCGCCGAGUCACUCCAAGAAUGGACAGCGCCGACUACUGUACCUUGACUGCCCUGACAUGGCAUGGUAUCCUCUCGCUGAUAUUCCAGUUCUUCAACACGGCGCUACAUGUCGAUGUUUUGAUAAUGGUGCAUCGAGGCGGUUUUGGUUUCCAUGUCGAUGACAUAGUCAAACGAUUCGGGCCGGAUGCGCUAGAGCUCUUCUUCAAGGUCCUCAUGACUUUCACCCUACUCUGGUGCGCAACGACAAUGUUCACCAAACUGUCAGUCCUGCUGCUCUUCACAACCCUCUUCCCGACGAGGAGGAUGCAGAUGGCUGCAUAUGUCAUCGGCAGCUUUAUCAUCGUGUGGUGCACCGGUGCCAUCAUCGCAACGCUGUUCAUGUGCCAGCCGUUCGCGAUGAACUGGAACCGUUCCAUCCCCGGAGGCCACUGUGGCGAUGAUCCCCUGUUUUAUACAAUACUCGGGGUGAUCAACAUCAUCGUCGAGGUCACCAUCUUGUUGCUUCCCAUGCCGGUAAUCUACAAGCUCAACAUGCCACUUCACAGAAGACUCGUCGUGGUUGGCAUGUUCAGCCUUGGGUUUGGCACGUGCGCCGUGACGAUAUACCGCCAGACCAAGCUGGAGGGCCUCGACUUCGAGGAUAUGCCGCACGAAGGCGCCGUGGCGACACUCCUAUCGGGCCUGGAACCCUCAGUUGCACUCAUGCUGGCCUGCAUCCCCUUGCUGAGGCCUCUGCUGUGCCGUCGACCAGAGCGCAGGUCAUGCUUAUCGAGUUUGUACAUGAACAACGGCGGCAGCAGCGACAGCCGAAGCCAGAAGAGAAUGGGCAGGAAGGGGAUGAGAGAGUUGGAGGAAGGAUGCGACCCCGCCGUCGAGGUCGGCCUCCGACAGUACCGGAACGUAUCCGACGACGUCGAACUGAAUCCCGUCAGGGGAAGUGUUGUCGGACAUGACGUGGAAAAUUCGGCCAAAGCGUCCAAAUCAGGGAAUCUCUCGCGAGAACAAACGUGA